AUGUCUGAGGAGGAGGAAGAGGAGGAGGAGGAGGAGGUGAAGGAUGCCCUGGUGGAGGAGAUCCUCCAGCAGGGCGACACGGCCAUCAUCUACCCGGAGGCCCCCGAGGACGAGCAGAGCCCCGCCGAGACGGGCGGGGCCGACGAAAACGGCACCCCCGACUCCUUCUCCCAGCUGCACACCUGCCCCUACUGCUCGCGGGGCUACAAGCGCAACGCCUCGCUGAAGGAGCACAUCAACUCCCACAUCAGCAGCAAGAAGUGCGUGGGCGCGGCGCCCGCCAACGGCGUGACGCGCCUGGUCAUCAAGUCGCCGUCGCCCAGCGCGCAGAGCCGGCCGGUGGCCAUCGCCCCCGCCCGCGUCCUCAUCAAGGAGAAGGCCGAGAGCAAGCCGCUGCAGGAGCAGCUGCCCGUCACCCAGAUCAAGUCCGAGCCGGUGGAGUACGAGUGCAAGCCGCUGACCGCCGCCCCGCCGGCCACGCCCCCGGCCGGCCACGCCGUGGCCCAGCCGACGGCGGCGGCGGUGGGAGCGGCGGCCAACUUGCCGCAGGGCGUGGCCAUGGUGGUGCCCACGGUGGGCCUGGUGUCGCCGGUCAGCAUCAACCUGAGCGACCUGCAGAGCGUGCUGAAGGUGGCGAUGGACGGCAACGUGCUGCGGCAGGUGCUGGGCUCGGCCAACGGCGUGGUGGCGCCGGGCAAGCAGGGCAUCGUGGUGCAGCAGCCGCAGCAGCAGAUCAUCAGCCUGCCCGCCUUCGUGGACCACGACGGCACCACCAAGAUCAUCAUCAACUACAGCAUCAGCCCCGCCGCCGCCGCCACGGCAACGGCGACCGGCCAGCCCACACCGCUGCUGGUCAAAAGCCAGCUUGCCGCCGCCGCCACGCCCGCCGCCUCGGCAACCAGCCAGACGCAGGCGGAAAGAGCCCCGACUCCCGAAGUGGCCGACCUCACGCUGGUCAAGAAGGAGCCCCAGUGCGAGCCGCUGGGCGCCCCGGCGGCGGCGCCGAAUGAGGAGGAGGAGAUGGCGGCGCCGGUGGACCUGUCGGAGCCGGCGGCGGCGGCCCGGGUGGCGGGCGGCGGCGGCGCCUGCCUGCUCUGCGACGACUGCCCCGACAACCUGGAGGCGCUGCACCUGCUGCAGCACCGCAAGGCGGCCAACGGCGAGGCGGUGGACUCGGCGGCGCUGGACCCGUCCUUCGCCGCGCUGCUGAGCGAGGCGGGCGUCACGCUGGCGGAGCCCUCGCCGGUGGACGACCUGCUCUCGCUGCUCAGGACCUACUUCGCCUCCAACGCCAACCCCGGCGAGGCCGAGCUGGCGAGGAUCGCCCAGUCCGUCAGCAUCCCCGUGGAGGUGGUCAGGAAGUGGUUCGCCAAGAUGAACUGCGGGAAGAGGGCGGGCGAGCGCAACAAAGAGGCGCCACUGGCGGCGGUCGGGUCCAAGAGGCCCGCCCCCGAGGACGCAUCAAGCCAGAACGGCGAGGAGGAGGCGGAGCCGGCGGCGUCCAGCGGAGCCCCGUCGGACUGCGGGUCCCCGCCCGGCGCGCUGACCGGCGGGCUGGUGAUCGUCAAGAGCGAGCCGGAGGACGGCGAGGGGGGCGACUCGCAGGCGGAGCCGCUGGACCUGUCGCUGCCCAAGCAAGCGAUGGCGGCGAAAGCGGCGUGCAAAGCGGGCGCUCCGGCCGGCAAGCAGCAGGAGCAGCCGCUCAACCUGAGCUGCCAGCUGAAGGGGCGCACCAUUUACGUGGCGGCGCCGCCCGCCGGCAUCGUGGCAACUGCCGCCCAGCUGCCCGCCCUGGUGGCCAUCGCCGGCCACCAGGGCGGCGCCGCCGUGGGCUGCCUGGGCGCCAAGCGCACCAUCCUCAUCCCGCAGCUCACCUACACCUACGCCGCGCCCGCCGCCGCCGCCGCCGGGGCCAAGACCGUCGUCCUCAACGGCCACAAGGUGCAGGACAGCCGCCCGGAGAGCAGCCCGGACGCCGGCGGCGGGGGGGGGCCGGAGGAGCAGAGCGACGCCAAGAAGCGGCGGCUGGAAAACGGCGUCUACCCAUGUGACCUCUGCUCCAAGGUGUUCCAGAAGGGAAGCUCGCUGCUCCGACACAAAUACGAACACACAGGAAAGCGGCCCCACGAGUGCAGCAUCUGCAACAAGGCCUUCAAACACAAGCACCACCUGAUCGAGCACUCCCGGCUGCACUCGGGGGAGAAGCCCUACCAGUGCGACAAGUGCGGGAAGCGCUUCUCCCACUCGGGCUCCUACUCCCAGCACAUGAACCACCGCUACUCCUACUGCAAGAAGGACGGCGCCGGCGGCGGGGGGGGCGGUGGCGCCCCGGGGACGCGCCGGCCAAUGGCGGAGCCGGGCAGCCCCGGCGGCGGCGGCGGCGGCGGGCCGCAGUCGGACAGCCGCACCACCACCCCCCCCUCCCAGAUGGACUCGGACGAGAGGGAGAGCGAGGAGGAGGAGGAGGAGGAGGAAGAGGAGGAGGAGGAGGACAAGGAGGCCAUGUGCAUGGACGACAUCCGGGUGGUGCAGGUGGACGACGGCGAGUGCGAGAUCUACGAGGGGAAUUUCGAGGAAGAGGAGGAGGAGGAGGAGGGGGGGGAGACUGAGGGCCAGGGCGGCCAGCAGGAGUUCGCCUGCGACGUGGUGGAGGUGGAGCUGGGGGAGGGCCCGGCGGGGGGGGAGGCGCCGGACGCCGGAGCGCCGGACUGUGAGGCGGCCGGACCGGACAACGGCGAGGAGGCCGGGAAUGCCGACGUGCCGGCAAAGGAAGCGGCAGCCAACGGAUAA